AACUGCUGGGCUGUAGGCACCUCUUCUCCCGUGGACAUGCACUGAGCCAGGAUAUCUGCCUUCAUCAUUCUGCCUUCUUCCCUUCACCCUUCCUCUCACUGUUUGACAUUCAGCUCCUGCUGCUGUCCAGCCUCACGACCCCAGGGACUCCCUUCGUCUGGACUGCUCAGUGCCUGGAGCUGGAAGUGUGUCACCAGUACUGAUGAAGCCCUCAUUGCUGCUUCUGUCUCACCUCUGCCUGUUCAGCCUCAUGCUUCCCUCAUGGGCAUCAGACUCAGCACAAGGUGCCUCCAGCCUCACUUGCUGGUAUGACUCACGGGCAGCUCUCUUCUGUGACUGGGACCCGGGCAGGGACCUGGCUGAAGCACCAUGCCAGCUGGAGAUUUUAUCAGAGAAAGGCUUUUGUGACAGCUCAUUGGAGUUCUAUCCCUCACCUGAAAAACCCAAGAAGCACUGCAAAUUACCCAAGGCAGAGCAUAUGACAGGACUGAGGAGAUGCAUCAAAACCUUCAACCAAAACGUUAAUAAUCAGUGCUUCACCAUUUCAGACCGUCUUAACUUGUCUGUCCAUUGCCACACUGGAGAGAAUAAAACCAAAAUACCUGAGCAAAUAAAAAACUUCGAUCCAUUUGCAAAUAUAAAGCUGAGGCCUCCAGGAGACCUUCAGCUGGUUAACAUAACUGAAAACACCUCCAACCUAACAUGGAGCCUGAAUAUUUCCUCUCACUAUUUGGAUGGGAAGCGGGAGUACCAAGUGCGGUUCCGACACGUGAGUCAGUCCUGGGAGGAGGCUGCAAACUUGCCCAUUGAACAGGACCAGAUGUGGGCAAAUUUUGAGAGACUCUCACCCAACUCUAAGUAUGAAGCAUCUGUUCGUGCAAGGCCAAGUGCCAGGAGCACCUACAAAGGCAUGUGGAGUGACUGGAGCAAGCCGGUCCUGUGGAGGACACAUGCUGACCAUAAGGGAACAUCCCAGCCAGUCCUGCCAGUUCUGAUAGUGAGCACUUUCAUCUUUGUGAUCAUUGGGACCGCCUUCCUCAUUAACUUACGGGCCCUGAAAUGGUUUAAGAAAAUCCUGAAGAUUCACAUCCCAGACCCUGAGAAGUUUUUUCCCCCACUUGUUUCGGUUCACGGAGGUGACAUUCAGAAAUGGCUCUCCUCCCCAUUCUCCACAUCUUCCUACUGCGUGAACAGCACAAUCCCAGAGAUCUCCAUGCUCGAGGUGAUGCAGAAGAAUGACCAGGAAUCCCGGUUUCUACUUUCCAAGGGAGCCCUGACUCUUGAUCCUCCCAUAGAAACCAGUGUGCACUCUGGAUCCAGCUGCUUCACCAACCAAGGCUACUUCUUCUUCCACGUUUCCAACUCCUUUGAGAUCGAGCCCUGUCAGGUCUACUUCACCUACGAGCCUUUCAGCCAGGAGGGCAGUAGCAGCAAGGAUGGUGACUGUUACCAGGCUCUCCCCUCUCCAGACCUCUGCACACUGGCAGAGGACAUGAAUGUGCUGCCCAACAACUUCUUUCACUGUAUUGAGGCAAGCCAGGGCUCCCAAAAGAGCAACUUCACGGAAGAGACAGCAGGUGAAGCCCAGCAGGCCAUGGCUGUUCCUGGGGCUCUCCAGUCGAUGGAAGGCACUUCACCAACACCGCUUCUGGAGCAGGAUGAGAAGGUGAUGGACGAAGCAGCUUCACAGCCGGCUGGGGCCGUGUGCCAGCUGGACACUGACUUUCUUGACCCACUGGACCUGCAGGACAGCAACACUGUCAGUAUAACCGAAGGCAGCGGGAAGGGGGGCCCUCCAGCUGACCCCUGCCCACCAGCAGCAAAUGCUGCCUCUUCCUCCUCCCAGCCUCCACAGCCUCCACCUCUAAUGCAAAGACAGGAUGAGGAGCCAUGCAAAACAGCCUUCUCCAGCCAGAUCCCAAACACCGGUGCCUACCUUUCUCUGAGGGACCUCCAAAGCCAGUACAGCCAUUGCUCUGUCUAGGAUCUGCCUGGAGGAGACCCACAGGUGGAAAAGGCCACCUAAGCAGGGAAGACUAGAUGGACAGUUUCUCUCCUCAGGACAUGAAUGUAACUUCAGCAUCAAUCCCAUUGGGACCGCUCGCUAAUGAGGCUGGAGAAACCCAGACAACAAGGACUUACCUUCACAAGCAAAUCUGUUCUUCUGUUACUACUGGCUCCAAUGGCAUAGAAACUCCUCACAUUUCUCAAGUGACAUUCCAAACCUCACUAAUUCAUUUUUCCCUUCCCAGCUCCUGGCAGGAGACUGUGCCAGCACUUCCAUGCUCUGCAUUUUGGUGUAAAAUAGCACUCAGCUUUGAGGCUGAGCUGCCAUAUCAUCAGUUUGCCUCAUACCGGCCUAAAAACCUCUAAUGGAACAGAGAAAUGCCUGAAGAUGUGGAUGUUAGAUUUUAUACAGGGGCCAAUAGCACUGCCCAAUGGUGCUGGAGUUGAUGAUGAAAUGGAUGAAGACAUCUCCUCCUGACUGACCAAGGGUGUGAUUUUUUUUCUAUGAUGUUCUCACUUAAAGUUUUAAUCAGAGAUUACAUUCUAAGCUACUUGGUCCAGCUUUACACGUUAGAGUCCAGACCUUGGAGUCUCUAAGACCGGCUCAGAGCCACAACAGCAUCAGCUGUCUAAGCAGUGCAGUGUAAAAAAGAAAUCCCCAUUAUUGAGUUAAAAAUACUGGGGAAAUCCCCUCCCUCUCUUUCUUUCCUCCACCUCUGAUGGUGGCAGUAAAAAGAACUCACACAGUUUCCCAUUCUUGUACAAUAUUUUUCAUGAAAUCGAAAGCCUUUCUGCCCUGCUGGCAAACUACAGUUAUUUGACUAUGAUAAGCUGAUUGCAGAAUAGUUCAUCCCACAUCCUGUAUAAGUGGAAAACAUCACAGCAGUGCUGCCCAUUCCUUCCACUGCUGAAGGGAAACCAUUGCCUAAUUAGCAGCAAAGAUGUGGUGAAUGAGCCCAGAAAACUAACCCACAAAUCAGCACCUUUACUGAAAAGAAAACCUCAAUCCAUUUGCAAAGAAUGGGGAUAGCACAGACUUCAUUUUUCUUCUUCCUCUACGUGCCCUGAUCUGGCUUAGAAAAAGCCACAGAAGAAAAGUGGUAAGGCAAAGGAAGAUCCCUGCAUUCAUCAUUUGUACCAUCUGUGCAUUUUCUUGCCAUAUUUUUGGACUUUUCAGCAGUGGGAAAAUACCAGCCAUGUGCUAAGAGUUCUUCUUAUCUCUUCAAAACUCUUCUAAGAGAAUUUAUACCAAAAAGUUCAAGGAUAUUGAACUUGUUAAUGCUUCUGUCACAGCUGUGAGUGUCAGCUAGAGCUAAUUCUUUCCUAUCUCUGUCUGGCCAAGCAUUGAGAUUCCUGCUCCUACACUGUUACCUGGCACUGAAGUAUGCAUCCUGAAUAUCAUUAUGAGUCCCAAGUGCAGGGUCACCCACUGGCUUGGAUUUCAGCUGAAAAGGGCUGUUCAGAGGAGUUGAGCCUACUUGUUAUUGGGAGGUCUUUGGGAACUAUUCCUCUCCUCUCAUCAGUUCCUUCACCAUCUGUCUCAAGACACAGACUGCUCCAUUGUGUCCAGGAGAAAACAGGAGACACAGCUUCCCAGAUAGGGAAGUACAAGGCUUUCUCAGCUGUUUCCUGUACCUUGAGAAUCUUCCCAGAUGGACUUUGAAAAUCCUCCCAGAGACACUGACUCCCUUGCCUCUGAUGGGCAGUUUGCUAUCUUACAUGGGCCAAGGAUCCAAGCUGCACUGUCCCCAUGUAGACUUUCUUAAGCUUUUCUAUUUUCCUCCUAUUUUCCUGAAGAUUGGAAAAAACCUUCAAGAUUAUCUAGUCCAAAUUUUGACUGAAUACUACCAUGCCCACUAAACUGUCUUGCAAAGGGCCACAUCUACUUGUUUUCCAAACACUUUCCCGGAGAGCCUAUUCCAAUGUUUAACCACUCUUUCAGUGAAGAAAUUUUUCCUGAUAUCCAACUUGAACUUCCCUGGUGCAAUUUGAAGUAUUUUCCUCUUGAUCUAUCACUUGUUAUCUGGAAGAAGAGACUGACCUCUACCUUGCCACAACUUCCUCUCAGAGAGUUGUAGAGAGCAAUAAGGUUACCCUUGAGCCUACUUUUCUCCAGGCUAAACAUCCCCAGCAAUCCCUCAGCUUGUGCUCCAGACCCUUCACCAUCUCUAUAGCCCUUCUCUGGACAUGCUCCAGCACCUCAAUGUCCUUCCUGUAUUGAGCAUCCCAAAACUGAAUACAGGAUUUGAGGUGUGGCCUCUGUACAGGGGGAUGAUCCCUUUCCUGGCCCUGCUGGCCACACUAUUCCUGGUAUAAGCCAGGAUGUCAUCAGCCUUCUUGGUCCCCUGGGCACACCUGGCUCAUGUUCAACCAGCACUCCCAGGUCCUUUCCCACUGGGCAGAUUUUCAGCCACUCUUCCCCCAGUCUGCAGCAGUGCAUGGUGCUGUUGUGACCCUGUUGCUAACAGGACCUGGCACCUUGUUGAACCUCGUACCAUUGGCUUUGGCUCAUCACUCCAGCCCAUCCAGACCCCUCUGCACAGCCUUCCUACCCUGCAGCAGAUCAACACUUCUGCCCAGCUUGGUGUCAUCUGCAAACUGACUAAAGGGGAGCGCUUGAUCAUCUAGAUUUUCAACAGAUAUUAAACACAUCUGGCCCCUAUACUAAGCCUUGUGGAACACCACCGGUGACUGGCUGCCAAUUGGAUUUAACUCCAAUCACCACAACUCUUUGGGUUGGGCCAUCCAGCCAGUGUUUUACCUAGCAAAGAGUACACACAUCAUGCCAUGGGCUGCCAGUUUCUCCAGGACAAUGCUGUGGUAAGAUAGUGUAAAAGGUUUUACUAAAGAUUAGGUAGACACCAUCCACAGCCUUUCCUUCUUCCACUGAGUGAAGUUCACCCUGUCAUAGAAGAACAGGCUGGUCAAGCAGAACAAGCCUUUCCCAAACCCAUGCUGGCUGGGCUUGAUCCUUUUGUUGUUCUGCACCUGCCAUGUGAUGGCACUCAAGGUGACCUGUGCCAUGAUCUUCUGUGGCACUGAGGUCAGGUUGAUGGGCCUGUAGUUCUCAGAUCCUCCUUCCAGCCCUUUUUGUAGAUGGAUGUCACACUGGCUAACCUCCAGUCACCUGGAACCUCUCUGGCCAGCCAGGACUGCUGA